GCCGCGUUGGAUCCGGUCAACUAGGUAGCUCGCUCCAAUGUUGUCGCGCGGAUCCAAGAAACCGGUCGAUCCCGCCGAUCGAUCGCAAUGAAGCGGCUGUCCAUCGGCGCCAAGCUGGGCGCCCUAGCGGCCUUCGUGAUCUUCUCCUACUAUCUGGGACGCCCUGUCUACUGGGAGGUCUUGUCGCGGGCGGUCCAGGGCUAUGGUCGAUCGGUGAAUUUCGGAGCUGCCUCGCGGUCCUCCUACAUUCUUUCGUCGCCGCCUUUGCCUGAUCGUGGAGAUGAGACGAAAUUAAAGGAGAGAGGUGGCCGUGAGGAUCCGACCACUGUGCGUGAUCCCAAGAAGUUUAUGAAUCACGACGUGCUCAAGAAGGCUAUCUGGGAAAUUCCUCCGCAUGGAUCAGAGCUUCCACCCCGCGAGGCGUUUGUGCUCUCGAAAGAGAUGGUGGAGUUUCGGGCGAAGAAGAACGUGAUCAUGGUGACUUUCGCGAACCACGCAUUCGAGGACUUUGUGCUGACUUGGGUGAGGCACUUAACUGAUGUUGGUGUCACCAAUCUUCUCAUUGGUGCUAUGGAUCGAAAGAUUUUGGAGGAGCUUUUCUGGAAAGGUGUCCCGGUUUUUGACAUGGGCAGUGAAAUGAAUCCUGCUGAUGUUGGAUGGGGAACUCCCGUGUUUCAUAAAAUGGGACGUGAGAAGGUUUUCUUGGUGAAUGCGAUCAUGGCAAUGGGAUUCGAAGUUUUAUUCUGUGACACUGACAUGGUGUGGAUGAAGAAUCCAUUACCAUACAUGGAGCGCUAUCCUGAUGCUGAUGUUUUGGUGUCUAGUGACGCCGUGAUAGCGACUGUGACUGACGAAUCUCUGGAAGAUUGGAGACGAUCUUAUGCGGCUCUCAACAUUGGUAUUUUUCACUGGAGGCCAACUGAAGCCGCGAAGGAGUUCGCACGGGCCUGGCAGAUCCAGCUCGAAGAUGAAAAGAUUUGGGACCAGAACGGUUUCAACGAGCUGAUUCAAAAUGGGACGCGCGAGGCUGUCGAUCCCGACAACGACCGUGGAUUGUUUUAUGCCUUCGACAGAACAUUGAAAGUCGGUAUACUUCCCGUGAGCAUGUUCUGCAGUGGACAUACGUACUUCGUACAGCAUUUGUACAAGCAGCUGGGACUAGACGUGUAUGCCGUACAUACGACAUUCCAGUUUGCGGGAACUGAAGGAAAGAGGCAUCGGCUCCGCGAGGCCAAACUCUUUUUUGACAGGCCAGAGUACUAUCAAGGGCGUUUCAUAGCGUUCGACGCUUCCAUACCGAAGGAGCUACUGACGGGAGGGAACCACUCCGUCGAGACGCAUUUCGCGUUGGUCAACUACCAAAUGAAACGAGUGCGGGAAGCGCUUGCUGUGGCAUACGUUCUGAAUCGAACUUUGGUGAUGCCCGAAAUGUGGUGUAGGAACGAUCGACUGUGGUUUGGUCAUCCGGGUAUUUUGCACGACACGAAAACACCACAGCCGUUUUUGUGUCCCAUGGACCAUGUUUUUGAGGUUUCGAAUAUGUUGAAAAAUAUGCCAGAGGAAGAGUUCGGGCCUGCGAUAGACUUCCGGGAGUAUUCUUUUCUGGAAAAUCCUCGAGUUCCACAAGAGAUAAAAACGUCGAGGCUAUCCAUCCGGUUGUGUUCUCGAGGCAAGGACUGUAGCUCGGAAGUAUCUCAAGGAGCUAUUGAACUACCGAUAAACAUGACUGACACCCAGCUUAGAGACGAGUUCUCCAGACACAAGGACGUCAAAAUCCUCGACUUUUCGACAAUGCAAAACGUUUUUGGCGGCUUUGUUGACAAGGACAAAGCUCUAAAGUUUAGGAGGCGGCUCCAAAAAUACACGGGAAUAUGGUGCUGCUUGGAGAGCCUGGAAAGAGGCCACAUUUACUACGAUUUUUUCUGGGACGAGAAGCCUGGGUGGAAACCUCUACCGCCCACACGGCCUGAAAACGAUCAUCCACCUUUCGAUUAGAAACUUAACAAAGUUUGACAAGAUUUUCCUCCCUAUCAAGAAAUAAACAUACGAAAAGAGCGAAGAACAAAGAAGGUGCGUUUGCAAGUAAAGAGAUUUUAUUCCUUGGCCA